AAAUAUGAUUCUCAAAUUAUUUGUCGAUCAUACGAAUUAACUUGAAUUCUUCUAUUAAAAAUCAUAGAUUAUAGAUAUUAUGCUAUCUUUUAUGUUAACAGCAGGAUUAGCGUCUUUGACCACUGUGAUUAUCGGAGUCCGCCUAUAUAAUGUCUAUUAUUGUUGGGGCAAUUACGAACAGAUGCUAAAACGCUAUGGAGGGAAAUCGGCCCGAAAUUUGACCAUAGUGAUAACUGGUUGUAACACAGGAAUUGGUAAAGAAACCGCGCGCGAAUUGUAUAAACAUGGUGCUCGUAUCAUAAUGGCAAACCGAAAUCGAUUAGAAACCGAACAGGUGAUACAAGAAUUUCAGAAACAAAACCCUUCUUGCGGUGGCCAAUUAAUCUACAAACAUUUGGAUCUUACUUCAAUGGAUUCAGUAAACAGCUUUUCACAGGAUAUUAUUAGCAAUGAGCCAAGAUUGGAUAUUUUGAUAAGCAAUGCCGCCGUAUUUGGAGCUCCUUUAUGUCUAACAGAUGAUCAUUUUGAAUUAAAUAUGCAAGUUAAUCAUCUGGCUCCAGCUUUGCUUACUCAUCUCUUGUUACCCAAGUUGCAACAGUCAAAAAUCGAAGAAUCACCACAACCACGAAUCAUUGCUGUUACAUCGACGCUGACUAAACACGGAACAAUUCAACAAGAAUUUUUAUCGAGAAUUACUAAUGAACAACUGAAAACUAUAAUGGACAAACGUGGUCGUGAAAUUUAUGCAUCGACCAAAUUGGCAAACUUACAUUUUAUGCGUUCACUGUCGACUCACAAAAACGUUGUCAAAAAUGUAGAAAUCUGUUUGGCCAGUCCUGGUUUCUGUUACACACGUUUACAUCGAUACACAAGCAGUUCUAGACUAAUUUGGAUGAGCUUAUUGGCUCCGUUAUUUUUUAUGAUUGUCAAAUCAUCCAGACAAGGUGCCCAAACUAUAAUUGGAUGUUCGAUGCUUUCACGUGUCCGUCCUGAUGUAUUAUAUCACGAUUGUAAAGAAGAUGAACAUUUUUUCCAGAAAGGACCAGCAUCGUUAGUUUCAAAUUCAAAUGAUUCAUAUGAAAUAACAAUGAAAUCAAUUGAACCAUUUUUGAAAUGAAAAUGGCAGAUUCUAUUACAA